AUGCAACCACACCCCACAAGUACCCUCAGCCUAAGCCGUCCCAACACCCUUCCUCGCCAGGACCCACCUCUGCAAACUCUCCCCCUUAACAUCAAGCGACACAAGGCCAAGGCACGAGAUGUCCGUCUCGACAAGAACGGGUGUGGCCAACCUCACCGUGACCCCAACUGUGGAGGCAACUGCCUCAAGAAGAAGUACACCCUCGGCCGCGAGGACGGGAGAGAUGGUCGCCCGGCCGUAUUGGAGCAAGUCAGAAAUGUCAAACACACUCGGGUGGACUUGGACCAGCGCGAGGCCAUCCUGCGGCAGAUUGGUGACAAUCUGAAGAAGAAGGAGGAGCACCGGGAGAGGAUGGAGGCCGUCUUGGACCAGAGGGAGGGCGACCUCGGCAGGAUGGAGUCCAUCCUGAAGGACAAGGAUACCCGCCUGGAGAUGCUCCAGGCUGUCCUCAUAAAGAAAGAGGCCAGCCUGAAGCAGCGAGAGGAGGUCCUCGAUCGUAAGGAGGCCGCUCUUGCCGAGGACCGCGCGCAGCUGGACGCGGGGAAGGUGGAUCACAACAAACGCAAGGUACAUCUCGACACGCGCGAGGUGAGCUUCAAUGAACGCACGGUGGCCGCCGACUGGCGCGAGGUGGCCCUCAACAAACGCACCGCGGACGUCGACGGCCGCGAGGAGGCCCUCAACGAACAGAAGGGGGACCUCAACCGACGCGAGGAGCUCCUCAAAGAACAGGAGGCAGCCCUCAUCAAGGACAAGGAGGCGCUCGACACCCGCGACGCCGAACUUGACGGGCGUGAGGCGAGCCUCAACGAGCAGAAGGCGGACCUCAGCACACUCCAACUUGCUAUCGACGCGCGCGAACUUGCUCUGCAGGCGAGCGUGGUUGCAAUCCUCUCACACAAGAACAAGCUCGACACCCAGCGCGACCUCGACGCUCAGCAGCAAGCCAUCGAGGCGAAGGAGACCUCGUGGCCAAGCUCCUGCAUGCAGGCGUGA